AUGUUCGAUCUGAGAAACAAGACACAGUACAUUGGUGGCCAGAAGGAAACGUUCGUAAGGUUAGAUGAUUUGGAUUCACCAUUAUCAAGGUCUUCUGAUAUGGGUGGAAUGAAUAAAUGUGGAUUUAAUAUAGAGGGCAUUCCCCUCGCUGGCCAUAGAAAGAAGGCGGCAUCAAAAUCUUUCAGAAUAGGAUUUACAAGUGGGCCAAAUGAGCUAGUAAAAUUUGGUCAAACAUUAAGAACAGGAGUAGCCAAAGCUGUGUUCCCAGAGGAUCUUAAAGUUUCUGAGAAGAAAAUUUAUGACCCUCAAGACAGAUCCCUCCUCCUAUGGAAUAGGCUUUUUGUCAUAUCAUGUAUUCUUGGAGUAUCUAUGGAUCCUUUGUUCUUCUAUCUUCCUGUCUUCAAUAAAGAUGCACGUUGCCUUGGCAUGGAUAUCGACUUAGCAGUCACAGUGACGACCCUGAGGACAGUAAUUGAUUCCUUUUACCUUAUUCGCAUGGGGUUACAGUUUCGAACAGCUUAUAUUGCACCAUCUUCAAGAGUUUUUGGACGAGGUGAACUUGUGAUAGAUCCUGCACUCAUUGCUUCAAGAUAUUUAAGCCGUUAUUUCAUUGUCGAUCUUCUUUCUGUGCUUCCUCUACCACAGUUCGUGGUUUGGAUAUUUCUUAAUAGAGAAGGGGCAGAAGUACUUACCACAAAAGAGGCAUUGCAACAUAUUAUUCUCUUCCAAUAUAUUCCUAGGUUUGUGCGCUUUUUUCCUCUCAUUUCGGAGUUGAAGAAGACUGCUGGUGUUUUUGCUGAAAGUGCUUUAGCUGGUGCUGCAUAUUAUCUGCUGUGGUACUUACUUAUGAGCCAUAUAUUAGGGGCUUUGUGGUACUUACUAGGCAUAGAACGUAAUAUCGCAUGCUGGAAAAUGGUUUGUCAAAAAAGUGGGAAAUGUAAGCACAAAUUCUUGUACUGUGGCUACCCCGGAUCCAAAGCAUUUGACAACUGGAAGAGAAUCAGUCAGGCACUGCUUAGUAAGACAUGCAAUGCCAAUCCUGAGACUAAAAAGACUUUCAACUAUGGAAUCUUCUCGCAGGCUGUUUCAGUUAACCUUUAUACUUCUUAUGAUUUCAUCGCUAAAUUCUUCUAUUGUUUGUGGUGGGGGUUGCAAAAUCUGAGUACACUUGGUCAGGGGCUCAAAACCAGUACACAUACAGCGGAGGUUCUCUUUUCAAUAUCCAUAGGCAGGGGACUAAUCCUCUUUGCACUUCUGAUAGGAAACAUGCAAACCUACCUUCAAUCUCUUACCGUUCGUCUUGAGGAGAUGAGGAUCAAACGGCGUGACUCUGAGCAGUGGAUGCAUCAUCGCUGGCUUCCACAAGAUCUCAGGGAACGAGUUAGGCGCUAUGAUCAUUUCAAGUGGCUGGAAACACGAGGAGUAGAUGAAGAAAGCUUGGUCCAAAGUCUUCCCAAAGACCUUAGGAGGGAUAUCAAGCGUCAUCUCUGUUUGAGUUUGGUGAGACGGGUUCCACUGUUUACCAAUCUGGAUGAGCGGUUACUUGAUGCCAUAUGUGAAAGACUGAAGCCAAGUUUGUGCACAGAGAGAACAUGUGUGGUUCGGGAAGGUGACCCAGUUGACGAAAUGCUUUUAAUCAUUCGUGGAGAAUUGGAAAGUGUGACCACAGACGGUGGAAGGACUGGUUUUUACAACAGAGGUUUACUAAAGGAAGGAGACUUCUGCGGAGAGGAGCUUCUUACUUGGGCGCUAGACCCUAAGCCAUCGACCAACUUACCAUCAUCUACUCGGACAGUGAGGGCUUUAACCGAAGUAGAGGCUUUUGCCUUAAAAGCUGAAGAGAUAAAAUUUGUAGCUAGCCAAUUUAGGCGCCUGCAUAGUCGUCAGGUGCAGCAUACGUUCCGCUUCUACUCACAGCAAUGGAGAACCUGGGCUGCUUCCUUUAUCCAAGCGACAUGGCGCCGCCGAAAAGGGAGGAAGACGGCUGCUGAAAGCCAUGACAGAUAUGAUACAGCGAUGGCACCAGAAGAUGAACAAGUAGAAUUAAUCGAGCAACAUGAUGAAUCUGGAGAGAAUCCAUCGAGGCUACGCACCACAGUCUUGGCGUCUCGCUUUGCGGCUAAUGCUCGUCGACAGAAGCCAAGGCCUUCUAAUAAUAAUACAAGAUCCAUGGGGUUCAUGAUGCAGAAGCCCUCAGAGCCUGACUUUAAUGCAGAUUUAAAUUAG